AUGUAUCUUCGCAUACGGACAGACAGGAAGUGGAAAGUCGUACAUUAUUGUAGGUACACCGGACGAGCCCGGCCUCAUUCCACGCACAGUCAAGGCCUCUUCCAACAUGUCAAGGCCUCUUCCAACGAGUCGAAUCGGAUAACUUACAGCAUUUACGUUCCCUACAUCGAGAACUACAACGAGCGCGACAAAGACCUGCUCACCUAUCGCACCAAUCCAUUGACCUACCUCAACAUCCGCAAAUCCGAAUUUGACGGCGUCUAUGUACAGAACCCCACCGAUGAGCCCGUCAAGUCUUACGACGACAUUCUCCACCUUGAGAAGAUGGGCGACAUCAACCGCACAACCGCUUCCACCAAAAUGAACGACAUCUCUUCCCGCUCCCACGCCCCCUCCGCUCCUCCCGCUCCCAAGCCGUUUUCACCCUCACCCUGA